AUGACUGUGCGAUUACAAGGGCAUCCUAUGAAUAUCUCCAUAAUUCAGGUAUAUGCACCAACAGCAGAUGCACCGGAGGAAGAAAUCACUGACUUCUACGAGAUGGUACAAGAUGUCGUAGACAGCAUUCCUAGGAAAGAUUUCCUCAUAAUAUUGGGUGACUGGAAUGCCAAGAUUGGUAAAACGAGGGAAAAAUCUGAGUACAUUGGCAAUUAUGGUCUUGGCAUCAGAAAUGAAAGAGGUGAUCGACUGGAAGAAUUUUGUGUAGCGAACAGCUUCAUCAUUGGUAACACAAGGUUUGAGCAUCAUCCCAGAAGACUCUGGACAUGGAUGAGUCCGGGAGACAGAGCCAGAAACCAGAUAGACUACAUCAUGGUCAAGAAGAGGUGGCGGACCUCACUACAGAACGUCAAGACAAGACCAGGUGCUGACUGUGGCAGCGAUCAUCAGCUGCUUGAGGCUAAACUGAGACUAAGACUGAAAGCUAAGAAAUGUGAUUCAGCUCCCACAACGUAUGAUGUUGAAAAUAUCCCUUUUCAAUUCUCAGUGGAAGUGAAGAACAAGUUUGAGCUGCUGUUGAGAAACGAUGAAGCAGAGCAAACACCGAAUGAGCUGUGGGAAGACAUGAAAGAAACAAUUGAAAAUGCAACAAAGAACCACAUCCCAAAGAAAAGGAAGCGGAAACAACCAUGGAUCUCAAAUCAGACUUUCGACAUUGCUGAUGACAGGAAGAGAGCAAAAGCAAAACACAAUAGAGGAGAAUGGUCGAGACUCAAUAAGGAAGUUACAAGUAGUGUGAAGGAGGACAAAAGGAAAUACAUCGAGGGGAAGUGUGAGGACCUAGAGCGUCACAAUAACAACUCCAAGGCAGCAUUUGCAAUUGUGAAAGAAAUCACAAAGAAAAGAACCCCAAGACUGGAUGUAAUUAAUGAUGACAAUGGCAAAACACUGACGGAAAAUGAAGACAUCAAGAAAAGAUGGGUGCAGUAUAGUACCAAGCUGUUUGCUGCACAGGAACAAGUUGACACUCAGUGGGAGGAAAGUGAUGAAAUGGAGCCCCCUCCAUUAAGAUCAGAAGUGGAGUUUGCAAUGAAACAACUGAAGAAUGGCAAAUCCCCGGGCUUUGACAACUUGACUUCCGAGAUGUGGAAGGCUACAGGUGAAGAAGGUACUGACCUGAUGUGGCGUCUAUGUUGCAAUAUCUGGAAAAGUAGGGAGUGGCCUAAGGACUGGUGUAGGGAUGUUUUUAUACCAUUGCCAAAGAAGGGAGAUCUGAAAGAAUGUGCAAAUCACCGAACGAUCAGCUUGAUUUGCCAUGCAAGCAAAAUACUUCUGAAGUUGAUUAGCAGAAGAAUGAAAAUCAAACUGCAAGCCGAGAUCACAGAUGAGCAAGCAGGGUUCCGUGAAGGUAGAGGGACAAGAGAACAGAUCGUCAACAUUAGAAACAUAAUAGAGAAAUGCAGAGAACACAGACAUCCCCUCUAUUUGUGCUUUAUAGAUUAUAGCAAAGCAUUUGACUGUGUGAGCCACUCUCAAUUGUGGAAUACAAUGGCAAAGAUGGGGUUCCCAAGUCACAUCAUCGAACUGAUCAAAAACCUCUAUCAUGACCAAGAAGCAAACAGUGAGAACCAGUAA